AUGGCUAGCGCAGAACGACCGUUCAAAGUAGACAUACCCGACACCCAACUGGAACAACUGAAAACAAAGCUUGCCUUUACCCGUUUUCCUGACGAGCUGGAGGAUGCUGGCUGGGAUUACGGCGCGCCUCUGGGGGACGUGAAGCGACUGGUGGACAGGUGGAGGAACGAAUGGGACUGGCGCCGCCUCGAGGCUGAAAUCAACGAACUACCUAUGUUCACGCAAGACAUCGAGAUCGACGGAUUCGAUACUUUGGAGAUACACUACGUACACCAAAUGAGCGAGUCUGUGAACGCCAUUCCGCUCUUAUUCAUUCACGGAUAUGAGUGGCCAGGACACUUUCUGGAAGUCCGAAAAAUCCUACCUCUCCUUUCCUCUCAGGAAGAACCCAGCUUUCAUGUGGUAGCACUCGGUUUGCCCGGUUACGGUUGGUCUGAGGCGCCAAAGAAGAAGGGGUUCAGAAUGGGUCGAUAUGCUGAGAUCGCCAACAAACUGAUGACAUCCCUCGGGUACUCGGAAUACGUGAUGCAAGCCGGAGAUCUAGGACACUUUGUAACGCGCAAGAUGGCAAUUCUUUAUGGAGGCAAACACCUUAAGGCUUGGCAUACCAACAUGCCUCUCGGGGCACCGCCCACAAUUACAUCGAACCUGCUGGCCUUCUUAGGGUCGCUGUUGAUGGGAUAUUCCGCUACCGACAAAGCGGCUCUCGCUCGCAGUCAAUGGUUUCGGACCCAUGGUUCAGGCUUACUAGCAUGGAUAUAUGAGAAGCUUCAUCACUGGACGGACGAUUAUCCUUGGAGUGAUGAUGAAGUUCUCGAUUGGAUAUCAGUGUACUGGUUCUCUCGAGGAGCACCAGCAACAACCUUGAAGAUAUACUACGAGCUUAUGCAGUCACCCGACUUCAACGAUGUUAGUCAGGUCACAACUGCUCCAAUGGGUGUGUCGUACUUCCCCAAGGAGGUUGCCCCUUCUCCGAAAUCGUGGGUCCGAUUGACAGGGCACGUCGUCUUCGAGGCUGAGCAUGAUGACGGCGGGCACUUCGCAGCACACAAAAAACCAGAGGAACUGGUCUGGGAUCUGAGAGAGAUGUUUGGCAAAGGAGGGCCGGCUUUCGGGGUAGUCUCUGGAAAGAAUGGAUACAAGACAUAG